CAUUUGUUAAAAAUGACAAAAUAGAUUAUAUUGACGUAAUAAAAUUUAGUUGUCCCAAAUAAAUUUCAGUUUAACAGAAUUUAACAAAACCAAUUUGAUUGUCCGAAGAGAAAUUUUUUCUCAGUGAAUUAAUGCAGUUUUUAAAAAAAAGUUAUUCAAUUCUUAUAGUCAUCAGCUAUGGACUUUUUAUGGUCGAACAGCCCCGACUGACAUUCGUGAAAAUAACCAGAUAUAAUACACUAAAGUUGGUUGGUUCGGGCUAUAGCUCGACGCUUAUUAUUAUUAUUAUUACAGUUUUUGCUGACGUCAUUGACAUCAUCUGCAGGAUUCACAAUUCGUCAGGUUCAUCAGAUCAAUAUUAAUGCGUUAGUGCGUAGCAGUAUAUCUAGUAAUAUUUCCUCAAAAUUUUUCCUCAAAAUAUAUAUAUUAAAUAUUGGUUAUACGAGAAAUUAAUAAAUAAAUAUAUCAAAUAACUACAGAUCAAAAAAAAUAAAAAUGACAGCUGCCACACUCAUUUCGAAUGAAUCCGAAGCAAAAUCUCCAUUGCCGAAAAAUAAAAAAUAUGAAGAUCCAAUAAUCGAUGACGAUAAUUCCAUAAAAAUAUUUCCAAGCAAACCCUUACUAAAUAUCUGCCUACAAUCUUUAUUAUUGAUCACGUUUCUUCUAGUCCUAAUAAUAAUUUUUUCCCCACCUAUGAAUGGUUCCGCCAUGGCAUCAAUGUCCAAAUUUCUAUACAAUCUCGAGUCCAACGAAACACUUUUGUCGAUGGAUUCUGAGUUGAACCCGAACCGAACACUCAGUUGUAUCGUUGGAGAAGUUCGAGACGAUCGUGGAGAACUCCAAUAUAGAGAAUGUAUUAUCACGCUGUCAAAAAAGGACAAAUUAACAUGGAUAUCCUAUUUAAUUAUCGCUUACACCCUUCCUGAAUUCAUAAAUUCAUUCUUAUGCUUCAGGAAAGCUAAAAGUAAGCCUUCGAUUGGACAAUUUUUCUUAGUAUUCAUUCCCGAAACUUUCCAUACUAUUGGAGUUGCGUUGAUGAUCUUUGAAGUAUUGCCGAAACUAAAUUACCAUUAUUGCCUUUUGUUCGUAAUUUGGUGCGUGAUCGAAUGUGGGUUGCAGACUCCGAUAUUGGCGAUUUAUGGAACUGAAAAUAUUAAACGUAAGAAAUCGUUGAUCUUCUUCGACAUUGUGUGUCUAGGAAUUUUCAUUAAUUUCACGAUAUUCAAUCCGAUGGAUGGAAUCAAUCGUAAUAAUAGCGAGUGCUGGAUUGCUAUGCUGGCAUUGGCUCUACUCCAUUGCGGACUUUGGCAAGAUAUUUCAAAUUCUAAAUUCAGUUCUACUGGUCUCCUGCCCGCUUAUAAAAACGCCCGUAAAAUAUUGAAACCAGUGAGACAUUCAAUUUACGCGUGGGUAUCUCUGUGGAAAAUAAUCGUUUUCUUCGCAAGUUCAUUUGUAAUAUAUGUAAUUAAUCAUGGCAACACAACACAUCUUUUCGCAAUGUUCGGAGAUGCGUUUAGUCUUAAUAACGUAACUGACAUUCCUUUUCAACGAUUUGUACAAAUUGACGUCAAUGACACUUAUUAUAAUGAUGAAUUUAUAAACUUCACCAAACGUUUACUUUAUCCAUUGUUGAUAUUGAGUACCCAAGGAACUAUAGCUCUGUUUAUAAAUACGAGAACUAGAAAUGUAUUAUGGAGUGUUAUCAAAAAAUUAAAAUUACCAUCUCACCGGGAACCAAACAUUCCUUUUAUGGUCAGCAUUUUCUUCGUAUUGUUUUCUGGAUUCUUUCGCAGUCUCAACAACUAUUUGUCCUACCAUAUUCCCCUAUCCGAGCAGUUAAAGAAUUUUUUCAGUGAAAUUCAUGUAUCCAAUGUGGUCUCAAAAUUUUUUCAUCCCGAUUCUCGAGUGAACUGGGGCGCUCAUUUACUAAUACUUUCACUCUGGUGGAUUGUAGUGCUGCACUUUAUGGUCUUACCAGCAGCAAACAAAAGUUGUAAAGUAGAUAAAAAAAUUGAAAAUCCUGAAACUGAAACUCCGCCAAUAGUUGAAGUUCACGUGGUUUCGGAAAACGGAACGGUUGAAGAAAAAGAAAACUUGAAUGCUGAUUAAGAAGAAUUUUCUUUAAUAAAUUCAAUAACUGCCCAGAAAGGAAAGUUCCACGGGCCCAGGCUUGGCCCAAGCCCGGGUAAUUAUUGUAUCGGCCAGGGCUGAAUGCCCAAUCUUGAGCCAAGCAUGGGCCAAUAUAGGUGUUCCAAAGCUAGGUUCCCCUGUGCUGGGCCAAGUAGGGGCCCGUUGUUUAUCUCUGGCAGCUCCUGCAUGGUUUGCUCAAAAACUAACUACCUCUUUAAAAAUAAGUCAAUGGCGUUAAUUUUGUGUAUUUUCUGUAAAGUU